AUACGAUAAGCUCCUCCUCGAUUCCUCGAUUGCGUACGUUCGUAGAACGUCAGGGGCACGACCAGCGCUGGCGAUAAGGCGCUCAUGCGGCUCAUUGCUCAUCGCAAAUAGUAGUUUUCGCGGACGCCAGUUUAGCCAGCAGACUGAACCACAAUGUCUCCAACGGUGGACAUUAAGCAGUGGAAGCUCGAUAAAACCAAAAUCGAGAAACAACUCAUAGACGGAUUAAAAGACGCUCUAUUGAAGCGAGAUGUAGAGGCCUUUAAGGGUCAGCUUGACCGGAAGCUGCCCGAGUUGGAUCGACUGUACCAGGAGCAGUCCAACUCGGAAGAUGACGGGGCGUUCAAAAACAAGAAACUUAGAAGGUUUUUCGGCGAAAUGAUCUGCCCCCGAGACGAUCACGUCCAGUUUGUGGCACCAUUUCUGGACAAAAUUCCAAUCGUCAACGAACCGGUGCAGCAGCUGCGGAAUCAACACCCACUUCACAUAGCCAUUCAGGAGAAAGCAUUUUCGGUGGUGGAGACCUUGCUGACGAUCGACGGCAUCAACGUCAACGCUCAGCUCAAGAACCAAACGCCGCUGAUGUUGCUGAUCAAAAUGAUUACUCCGGAGAACUUUGAAGCAGUGCUGCAAACCAUUCGUCUUCUGGCGUCCAAGGGUGCCGACAUAAACGUCGGUGACUACCGAUCUCAUCCGCUGUCGGUGGUGUGCCAGCUGACGACGAUCGGUGAGUCGGAGAAGCGCCGGCUGCUGGAGUUUUGCAAGGAGAACUUCAAGUGUGACGUGGACAGUGUGUUCAACGGGCAGGCUCGUCGGGAUAUCGAAGCGCUGUUUGGUGAUUUGUAUUUUGGGCAACAACAGUCCGAACUGUCAACGGCAAGCCUCAAGUCUCUGCUACUGAAGGGAAAGGAGGAGGAGUUUGUGAAGGGAUUCUAUGAACUGUACGAGAAUUUGGUCCGGGAAAAGAAGGAGAGGGACUUGUACGAGCUGCUGGCUCAGGCGGCAGUGAAAAAUAGGAGUCUUUGUGUGGAGAGAAUGUUCAGUAAAUGUAAGAAUGAGCGAGUUUUUGAAACGGUUGAAGCAAAGAAGAAACUCAGCGAGGUGCUGAAAGUUGUUUGCUGUAAAGGGUUCGUAAAGGUUUUGAAGUUGUUUCUUAAGUUUAUCUCCGACUCCAAAGUUUUCAACGAAUCAGCACUGGCGUUGAUCUGCGUCAGGAGAUUGCAGAAGAGACGAGCUCCGGAAAUGGUCGAGUGUUUGGACGUACUGCUGCAAAACAGUAGAAUUAAUGUGGACAAUGCUGAUCACCUCGGGAUGACGGCGCUACAUUUUGCCGUCCAACAUGACAUGGACGAAGAAGCGUUACAAAUCAUGACGAAAGGAAAACCGUACCUCGGACAGCUAAAUCGUUUCAACAAGUCACCGCUACACUUGAUGAGUGCUACGGUUCUGCAAAGAUACCUGGAUUGGUGCAUUUCGGUGGAAGGAGUUCGUUCGGAUGACCUUGGAGAGAAUAUCCACAUCAACUUGGCGGGAUUUGUACCUCAAACGAGAACAAAUCGAGUUGAAGUUACAUACACUAGCACUCCUACUGAAGAAACGGUCGAGAAUGGUAUUUCAAAUAGUACAUUUAUGCAUAACGCUGGUCAGCUGUUCAAAGCAUUGAUGAAGGAACCUAAACGAUCAGAUCUGCUACCAGAAUCUUCAGUGUUACAAAGAAAUUCGAAAGAGAUCGAUCCAUUCGGAUAUAUUGCGGACUCCAAGGAGCUUAGACCACUGCUGAAGCAUCCAGUGAUCAUGAGCAUCCUGCUGGUCAAAUGGUUUCAGAUCCAGAGGAUUCUUUACCUAAAAUUAGGCAAAAGUGUGCUUCUCGCAGUGCUGUUCACGCUGUAUGCCAUAACUGACAUAACGAAGAACACGACUUUGAGUUGGAUACUUUGGACCUGCUGCUUCUUUCUAGUGGCUACCUUUGCAAUCGUUUUUGUUGUCGUCAUCUUUAAAUCCAGCAACUACUGCACAGCGCAACGGUCUUCCUUUAAAGCACAAUUCAACUACAUGGAGCUGAUAAUAUUUCCACUAGCGACCGUGUGCUUAUUUAAUCACAACUCUACCCUUCUCGCCAUCAUAAUCGUCCUCGCCGGGAUCAACAUCGUAACUCACAUGGGCUCGCUGCCUUCGUCCUCACUCUCGACAAGCAUCGUCAUGCUGGAGACUGUCAGCAGAAACUUCCUCAAAAGUCUCCUAAUCUACGUGAUCAUCCUGCUUGCAUUUGGAUUUGGCUUCUUCGUGCUGUAUUCUGACAGCAAUGUGCAGGAAGACAGCGGCUUCAGCUCGUUCAAAACGCUGGAAAGCUCCAUCAUUAAAUCACUGGUUAUGCUAACUGGUGAGCUCGAUGCCUCGGCCAUCGAGUUCAAAUCUAAUCGUGCCAGCUACAUCUUGUUUUUGGGCUUCAUUUUUUUGGUGACGCUGGUAAUUGCAAAUUUAAUCAACGGAAUCGCCGUCAGUGAUAUCUCGGCAAUCCGUCAAGAGGCCGAAGUGAUUGCCCUUGCCAAAAAGGUUAAAACUUUGGCCCACUACGAAGAAGUGAACAACAGAUUCAACUUCAACGAAAAAUCCUUCUUCAGCUACUACGAGCCCCAGCUGAUCGUUCUGCCCCGUGAAAACAACAAAAUUCUAGCGAAACCCAAGCGCACCCCCGAACCAAAAGACAAAGCGUUCCACACGUGGCCCCUCCCACGAUCUCUUCGCAAGAUGUUCCACCUGGACAACCGGUGCCACUGCCUGGACGAGGACAUUGUCGCCGCCAUUCGGGACAUUCUGGACGCUCGAACCAGUGGGCACGCGGGCCAGCUGGAGCUGAACCUCAAGUCGUACAACGAGCGGCUGUUGCGCCUCGAGGAAAAGAUCGACCUGCUGCUGCUGCGCAUGUCCGCGGGGGAAAAGCCACCGGAAAGUGCUGCCGGCCAUCAAAGGUGGAAGAAGGUCGCGACCGCAAUGAUCGGACAGUACAGGCUGAGGAAUCUGCCGCGACGUGGUGAUACCCUCAUAAAAACUUUAAAGGAACACAUCCUUACCAAAAACAUCGAACAAUUUCAAGCAGUUCUCACCCAAGGAGUGUCAGACCUAAACCAACUGUACGCCCGAUUACCGUUCGAAAAGAACACACUCGCCCCGGAAGACUCCUUCCGGAACAAGUGCCUACGACAGUUCUUCGGCGACCUGUGCUCCACCGAGGGAAGUUCCCAGUUCAUCACGAUCUUCAUCUCGAUUCUCCCGCUGGAAAACGAACCAAUUCAGCAGUCCAAGAACCAAUACCCAAUCCACAUCGCUCUGAAUGCGAAAGCAUUCGCCAAUGCCGAAACGCUGCUGCAGCUGCCCACGGUCAACGUGGACGCCAUGUGGCAGAAGCAAACCCCGCUGAUGAUGCUGUUCAAGAUGGCCACCGGCGUCACCUUUGGAGCGGUCAAGCAACUGAUCAUGCUGUUGGGAGAGAAAGGUGCCGAUAUCAACCUGGGCGACUACCGGGCACAUCCGUUGUCCAUACUGUGUAACUCUACCAGCUUAGAUCUGGAUCAGAAGCGUGACUUGGUGGAGUAUUGCCGGCAACAUUUCGUCUGUGACUUGGAUAGCACGUUUGAAGGGCAAGCCAGAAAGGACGUUGAGGCAACGUUUGCCGAUUUGAAGUUUGAUCAACGGCGAUCGGAGAUUACCGCUGCAACGAUGGAGUCCUUUCUGUUGGAAGGAAAGAGUCAAGAGUUUGUCAACGAAUUUGACGAGUUCAUCGUCAAAUCGCCGGAACCCAGCAAGGUUUACGAACUGUUACAGAAAGCAGUCAUUCGGAAUCGGAUAAGAUGCAUUCAAAAGAUUUUAAUAGCCGUAGAGCAAAAUCCCAAAGAUUUGGAUCCACUACCCUACAAAGAAAUAAUAUCCAAGACGAUUAAGCUUGUCUGUGCCAAAGGGCAGCCGGAAAUCCUAAAACUAUUCUUGAAACAUAUAGAACCUGCCGAAAUCUUCAACGAGCGACCGCUGGGACUCGUCUGCGUUAGAAAUCUAGCCAAAAAGAUCACCAAUGAGCUUUGUGAAUGUUUGGAGCUACUGCUGGAAGAUUCCCGGAUAGCGUUUGAUAAAACAGAUCACGAAAACAAGGGAGCACUCGAGUAUGCCAUUGAGCACAAUUUGGGACUUGUGGUACGGCGAAUGAUGGGCGUUGACAAGCAUAUACGGAUGCCGGAAUAAACUUGGGCUGGUUUUUAACCGAAUCUAGAAUCAUAAAAACUAACUUAAUCCACCUAUGUGGUUGGAGCCUUCCUCACUUAUUGCCAACAAUGACUGAUAUGAUGGAAUUGUACAAAAAUUUAAUCUAUUGUUUAGAUCCGGAAUAAAAAAGUACAUAAAUAUCACUUAAGUGGGCAUAUCUCGAGACAGGGUUGCCAGAUCUUCAAUGUUUUGGACUUGUUGGAAAGUUCUUUUGAUGACCUAGCCAACGAUGGGUCGGAUGAUGGACCCGAACAUAGUUUACAUACAUUUAAGUGAGAUCCGGAUAUAUGUGAAAACACAUUUUUAUACAUAACUUUUGAACUACUUAUCGAAACUUCAAUCUGUAUAAAACUCGAUCUAUGAAACCCUAAACCAAGUCGAUUGCAAUAGGUUCGGGUCAAAUCGGUUCAGCCAAUGCCGAGAAACAUGAGCUAGUUUGUUGGUCACAUACAUACAUACACACACACAUACACACAGACAUUUGUUCAGUUUUCGAUUCUGAGUCGAUAUGUAUACAUGAAGGUGGGUCUACGACGUUUUUAUACAAAGUUCAUUUUUAUAGCAGGAUUAUAGCCUUACCUCAGUGAGGAAGGCAAAAAGUUGCAAAAUACGUUUAUUCAAACAAAGCAAAAAAAAAAUUAUAAAAAAUAGCAUGUAAAUUUAAAAGCUCUAUAACAAUAAUUGACUUCAAUCUCAGAAUAGUUUCAUAAUUAACUAACUGCGCUCCAUUACUGACAGUUUGCUUUUAAAUGCUUAGCUGAUUAAUGUAAUAAGCCAAACAAUUCAAACCAAAACUUCUCAUAUUUAAUAACUUAUGAUUCCGCUAGUUUUAUUCUUUACCCGCACCAUGUAAGAGUUGAACAAAAACUUAUUUCAGGCACAAAUAAUAAACGAUUAACAACUUAAA